AUGUUUCUGGUACUAGUAGUGACGCCAGAACUGAGGGAGUUCCUGGCCAGGGCAAGAGGUGGAGCAGUGCGCCUCAUCAAGGUGCGCAUCCAAGACGAGCAGCUGGUGCUUGGGGCCUACAGAGAGCCAGAGAAGAGCUGGGACCAGGAUUAUGACCGCUUUGUGCUUCCUCUCCUGGAUGACCAGGAGCCCUGCUACAUCCUAUACCGCCUCGACUCCCAGAAUGCACAGGGCUAUGAGUGGAUCUUCAUUUCAUGGUCUCCUGACUUGUCACCGGUGAGACAAAAGAUGCUGUAUGCUGCUACCCGCGCCACAGUGAAGAAAGAGUUUGGUGGUGGCCAUGUGAAGGAUGAGAUGUUUGGCACAGUUGAGGAGGACAUCUGCCUGCUGGGCUACCAGCAUCAUGUGUCAUCCUGUUCAGCUCCUGCCCCGCUCACGGUAGCCGAGCAGGAGCUCCAGAGGAUCAAAAUCACAGAGGGCAGGGUUAAACAGGUGAAGACAGAGAUCAGCGUGGAAAGUAAGCACCAGACACUUCAGGGCCUUGCUUUCCCACUUCAGGAGACGGCCAAAAGAGCCUUACAGCAACUCGCCCAAAAACGCAUCAACUACAUACAGCUGAGGUUGGACACAGAGAAAGAGACUAUUGAGCUCGUUCACUCCAACCCAACAGAAACUCGAGACUUGCCCCGCAGAGUUCCCACAGACACGCCCAGAUACCACUUCUUCCUCUACAAACACUCCCACGAAGGGGACUACCUGGAAUCUGUUGUGUUCAUAUACUCCAUGCCAGGAUACAGCUGCAGCAUCAAGGAGCGGAUGCUGUACUCCAGCUGCAAGAGCAGACUACUUGAAGAAGUGGAGAAAGAUUAUCAUUUGGAGGUUGCUAAAAAGUUGGAGAUUGACAACGGAGAUGAACUGACGGAGGAAUUCCUAUAUGACGAGGUCCAUCCCAAGCAGCACGCCCACAAACAGGCCUUUGCUAAGCCCCGUGGCCCGGCAGGAAAAAGGGGACACAAGCGCCUCAUUAAAGGGACGGGGGAGACCAGCUAGAGGGGGACACAGAUUUCCCCUCGUGUCCUUGGUUUGAGUCCAGCCCUGCCCCACAGUCCUCCCUGCUUUCCUACAAACACUGACACCUUGUCAGGACCCUGAGGCAGGAAUAUGAGCAUUUAAAUUUGUAACCUGACCACCCCAACACUUAUCAUACAUAUGAAGUAUGUUUUUCAUGACAACAUAAAGGAUACAUUAUCAUCUUGAGUCUGUUUAUGUUGGUUAGUUUGUAACAGACUCCCACCUGACAGAAAAUGAGGCAAAUAAAUAUAGAAAAUAUAGACACGUUUAGGAAAUCAAUAAAAUUAAAAACUUUACACUGACUUUCACAAGACUUUGAAAUGAGUAAAUGAGUAAAACCCAAAUUGCCCUGUUAAUGUGAAGCUAAUCUCUCUGGCUCUUCUAUUUUCAUCAGAUGCUGGAACAAUAUAGACCUGCUGUUUACAUUGUAGAGCUCCACUGUAACAAUGAUGCAUUUGCAAAUAUUUCAGUCCUCAUGAUGUUCAUAUCCAGCCUCCAAUACCAGUUUUAUAUCAACCAUGUUUAUAAGAAGAAACAAAAUGAACAGAUAUUCCAAAUA